AUGAUAUCAACGUGGGUGCUUUCGGAUCAAAAGCGUAGUUUAAACCAAGAGCUUAAUGAACUGAAAGAAAGUAUGACUUCAACGACUACCUCAACAACUAGUGCUCCUGUUUCAGAAGAAACUACUUCAAGUUCUGUGAGCGAAGAACCAGUUACAUCAUCAAGCUCACCUUCAAGUUUGGAUCCAGAUCAAAAUCUACCAGAAGAUCUGGAAACCAUCAGUAAAAAUAUACAAGAAAGUAAAUUAAUCAGUUCAAUUUUAGCAGGCGCA